AUGCGGCUGGUACCCUCACUGCUCAACCUCCUGGUUCUCCUCACCUUAUCGACUUACACCACCGGAUCUUCGGCAGCAUCCGUGCAACUGACCCGCAGAAGGACCGGACAAGACCACAGCCAUGUCGUCAAACGGCUCCUCGCAGACUCUUCGGCUCCCAUCUCGCCAAAAGCCAAGACUCGAGGUACUGGGAUAGGGCGAAGAGGGAUUGUGAAGGGGACAUAUGGCCCUGCGCGAAAGCCUGUGCGCCGACAGGAAGAUUCGUCUACUGGGAUGGGCGCUUCGUCGGCUGAGCCGAGCUCAACAGCAGGAGGCGAGGGUGGUGGGGCACCUACGUCGGCAGACUUAAGUGCCACUUUGGCGUCUACUACCAGCUCUGGUGCAUCGACGAGUAGCACGGCUCUUGCUUCGAGUGGAGAGGCCUCGGAGUCAGCGGAUACCUCGUCAACUAGCGUCACUUCCCUCGACCAACUUUUGGGAGAAUCGUCAAGCGAGGCUUCAGCACCUUCCUCUACCUCCGCCGAGCCUUCGACGUCAGAAACGACAUCGACUGCAGCAAAAGCGGAGUCUUCUACAUCGUUGGGCGACACUACCUCAGACGGCGCAUCCCAAGAGGCAUCAAACACGGCGUCAUCUCAAGAGAGUACCAGCGUCGAGAGCAGUGCAACGAUAGCGGCCGAGUCUGGCGCCGAGAGCGCUGUUGGCUCUGAAGCAAGUACGGCAGAAUCGUCGACGUCAGGUUCCACAUCAGCGACGGCAAGCAGCGUUUCAUCCUCCGGAACGGCCAAUGUAACAACCACAAGCGAUGCAGCGGCGACUUCUACCACAUCCGGUGCUUCUGGAUCCGGCACGCAAUCGGGAGGCUCUGCGACUGCCAGUCAGACAAAUUGGGCUCAGCCUUCGGAUACCGAUGGAUCUUUGACAGGUGUGAUGAGUCAAGGAGAUGCGAUAGUGUAUGUGAUCGACGUGGCCGUUGGGGAUGGAAGUGUUACGCUGCCCGUUCUGGUUGACUCUGGGAGUGCCGAUAUAUGGGUUGCGGGGAGCAAUUGUGACAAUUGUACAUCAUCUGGUAUGGCCGACAGCGGUCUUACGGCGACAGAUAACUGCCAGGAGCAGGAGAAGGGCUAUGGGAGUGGCUCUGUGACGGGCUGUCUCGUCCCUACAGAUGUGAAAUUUGGUGAUGGAUAUGAGCUAGAGGCAUUUCCAGUAUUGGUGGCUUCUGAUUCGGAAGGGUUCGACGGGUCUUAUAUGAGCGGUAUCUUUGGGCUCGCCAUGAAUAAAUCAUCAAUCAACAAUCAGGCCACGCCGCUGAAUAUGAUGUCUCAACUGGGCAUGAUUUCGUCCCCCGAAGUAGGAUUUUAUCUCGAUCGCGCUGAAACUGGGAGUGAGAUCAUCUUUGGCUCUCCACAUGACGACAAUCACGCCGAUCAGAGCAAGAAGGUCACUCUGCCGAAGGUCACUGAGGAUGAUGGAUUGUAUCGCGUGACCAUGGACGGUUUCGUGUCCCACGGCUAUAUGGUUUCGAGUACCGAGUCGAACGUCAGCAUGGAGAAUAUCGAGGUCAUCCUGGAUACUGGAACUUCUGAUAUUCGAGUCCCGGAGACGAUGAUGUUGCCGAUAUACGCUGCUCUCGGCAACGGCACUUUCUUCACAGACACCACUACUGGAGACCUCGUCGUUCCAUGUGAAGGUCCCGACAAUGAGGAUGAGGUAUUGGCGCUACAAUUUGGCGGACAACAGUUCUAUUUCAAGUGGGAAGAUCUCGUUGCCAACCCAAGCUCCACGGAUGCCAAUUAUUGCUAUUGCAGAGUUCAAGCCUCACCCUCUUCCAUCAGCGACUACCUCAUCGUAGGCUCAGCGUUCUUCCACAAUGUAUACCACGUAAUCAACAUCGACUCUGGAGACACAACACUGUAUGGGCUGGCGGACGCCUCUUGAAAUUUUGAGUGCAGGAAGUGAAGAAAGGCAACAUCCUAGACGGAAGAUAGAGAAGCAGAGUCUCGAGAGACUCCAUAUCAUUGUUAUAUUUCGCGCAUGUAGUACGCCUUGAGACG